AACCAGAUCGUAGAGGCGGAACUAGUUACUCUGGCCACCACUAGUCUACACGGAUUAACAUGCAAGCCGUAUGUUGGAUUUUUCCCAUUAAAGCUGAGGAUGAAGUUUCUUUGUGUGACUCUCCUGAUUCUCUACAGCUUUAUGGAAUGUCAUACAGAGCAAUUUAAGGUGGUUGGCCCAGAAGCUCCUCUUGUUGCUGUAGCUGGUGUAGACCUGGUUCUGCCUUGUUUCAUCAAACCCAACACCAGUGCUGUGGACAUGACUGUGGAGUGGGUGAGGCUAGAUGGAAUGGGUUCAUUAGUGCAUCUCUAUGAGGAUCAUGAAGACAGAAAUAUAAAUCAGGCUCAGUUAUACAGAGGAAGGACAUCACUGUUUAAAGAGAAGCUACAGGAAGGCAAUACUUCACUCAAACUCUCAGCUGUCCAAGUCUCUGAUGACGGAAAAUAUAAGUGUCUCAUUGAGGGCAAAUCCUGGUAUGAUGACAUCACUAUUCAAGUUAUUGUGGAAGUUCUGGGAAGCCAACCAGUGAUCACAAUGGAGAAUUAUGAUGCCUCACGAGGCAUUAAUCUAGUAUGUAAGUCUAGAGGCUGGAAUCCUGCACCUGUGGUUUUAUGGUUAGACAAUAACGGAGACAUUCUUCCUGCUGAAGAGACACAGAUACACAGAGAGACUGAGGGCUUCAGUGUGAAACGCCGCAUCACUGUUCAUGAUUAUAGUGACUCUAACAGAUUUUACUGCAGACUUCAACAAAAACAUCACAUGAUGGAGACAGAAAUCAUAAUUACUAGUAAAGUCUUUGGCGUUUGGAAGUGGGUUGUUGGCAUUUCACUUUCAGCAUGUCUUAUCGCUGUUGGAGCAAUAGUAACUGCAGUUAUCUGUUACAAAAAAGCCUUAGUCCUUCAAAAAGAGAAGCAAAAUGCAGACUUAGAGCUUCAAAAGGAGAAGCAACAAACAGCCUCAGAGCUUCAAAAGGAGAGGGAAUAUGCAGAGCUGCAAAGACAGGGAGUGGAAGACGAAUUUAUAAAGAAGAAAAAGUUUGCAGUGUCUGUGUUUCUCUCAGUGGAUGUGACUCUGGACCCUGAUACAGCUCAUCCUCGACUCAGAGUGUCUGAUGAUGGAAAACAGGUGACACUUGGAGACACCCAUCUAGAGAAUCUCUCUGAAAAACCAGAAAGGUUUACAUAUGAAUCCUGUGUAGUGGGAAAGCAGAGUUUCUCCUCGGGGAGAUUUUAUUAUGAGGUGCAAGUCAGUGGGAAAACUGGGUGGAGACUAGGAGUUGUAAGAGCGAACAUUAACAGGAAUGAGUGGCUUAAACUGAAACCUCAGGAUGGAGGCUGGAUUGUGGCAGGGUUAAAUAAAAAUGAGUACUGGGCUUUUGAAAUUACCAAUAAGCCCCUCACACUGAGAGAGAAGGUGGGGAAGGUGGGGGUGUUUGUAGAUUAUGAAAAUGGUCUAAUUUCUUUUUAUGAUGUGGAGUCUAGGUCUCAUAUCUACUCUUUCACUGGUCAGUCUUUCACUGAGAAACUCUACCCAUACUUUUGUCCUUGGGACAAUAAACCACUGAUCAUAACUGCUGUUACUGAAUAAAUAUCUGGUUUAUAUUCUAUAACAUUUUAAAGAGCACUUUACAACUGCCCAUAAUCGCUUAUUCUAAAACUAAAAUUAUUUGUAUAAAAAUGUAUAGUAUAUAAAAUCAACAAACAGUUGAUAAUUUGUUUUUGAUAAAUGUUUUUUAAUAGUCCUUGUUGGAUUGUAUUUUUUUUUCUAUUUUUAGACUGUAAAUAUGAAUAUGUCCAUGACUUUACAAAAUAAAUUUAUGUCUCCAGAUCCACCAUCUCCCUGUCCAGGUAAAGCAUUUUCUGGAUUAAUGAUAUGACUCACUUCCUCACCUCAAGUCUAUGAUAAUUUCUCUCAAUACCGAGAGAACUAAGAGAGAAAAUUAAUUAUUCAGAAUUGGUGAGGAUUAGUACUGCCCCAGUGUUACUGACCAGCACCAAGCUGAACUUUCUGAACAUGGUUUGAGAGAAAUGUUGUUGGUUUUUUUUUUGUUUAUUAUUCUGAUUAUUGUUAACUGUCCAUUUUUUCCAUUUAUCAGUAAUAGUGUACCCAAAGUUAAGAGCACUGUUGACACAUUUACUCACUAUAGACUUUAUUUUCUACCCCUUGCCAGUACU